AUGCCUCUUGAAACCCUCCCCGUCGAACUCAUCGAGUCCAUUGCCGCCAAGGUCACCUCUGGCGCUGGCCUGAAUGCCCUCAGUCGCACAAACCGUCACUUUCAUCAGAUUCUCGAUCGGCGUCUCUACGCGUGUCGGAGCAACGACAAAGCGCUCUUUUUCAGCAUCAAUAAAGGAUACAGCUCAGUCUUGGAAAAGGCAAUACGGGGAGGAGCCGAUCUAAACAGUUUAUACGAAUGGGCCCCUGGUGCUCGUUUCACCACACCACUCGCCUUCGCCGCCGGAACAGGUCAUGUCGAGAUUGUUAAACUGCUUUUGAAACAUGGCGCCGACCCGAACCCGGUAAGAUGGGAAGAAAUACGACACACACCGUUGAGUGUAGCCGCCGGGAAAAGACAUUACGAGACUGCCAAGAUUCUCAUCGACGCUGGAGCUGACGUACAUACCACAUUCGGCGAGCCGUGUGGAUCGCUAGCACUUCACGCGGCAGUGGGAUAUUACGACGAGGAUGACGACCUUGUACGACUUCUCCUCGAGAAUGGAGCACUUGAUAACUCUCCCCAAGAGUACAGAGGAACAGCUGCCCUAGAAGAAGCAUUAACAUACGGACGCGUUUCUACAGUAAAGCUUCUCCUCCAGGCGGGCGCCAAUCCAGUUUUCAGGGGCUCUGAUGAUUGGACUCCAGUGAUGUUGGCGAUUUUUGGGGGAUCUGAAGAACUUGCAUUUCUGUUUCUGGAAAUGGGAGCCGACCUAGAACAAACUUGCAACAAAGGGAGGGGUUUGGUAUGGUAUGCAGUAUGGUAUAGCUGCCCCAACGUCCUUAGAUAUGUCUUGGAAAGAGGUUGCAGUGCAAAUGAUCACGCCGCUCUCAGAAUUGCCUUCGAAAAUGAGGAACAAGACAUAAUAGAAUUGCUACUGGAACGAGGGGCGUCACUCGAGGAAGCUGGACUUGACGAGAGCAAAUACCGCCACCUCAUCAGUAGUCCUCGAGUCGAUCAUCAAGACGCUUUUUUGUAA